GCAACGAUGCCUCGUCCUCUUGCAGCUCUCCUCUCUACCGCUUGCAUCCUCUCCUUCUUCAUCGCUCUGUUUCCAAGAGCUGCAUCAUCCCGAGACAUCCUACCACUGGGUUCCUCUCUCGUAGUCGAGUCCUACGAAUCCAGCACCUUACAAUCAUCAGACGGGACAUUCUCCUCUGGCUUCUACGAAGUCUACACCCAUGCCUUCACAUUCUCAGUAUGGUACUCAAAGACGGAGGCGGCGGCGGCCAACAACAAGACCAUCGUGUGGAGCGCAAACCCUGACCGCCCUGUCCAUGCCAGGAGGUCGGCUCUAACCCUGCAAAAGGACGGCAACAUGGUGCUCACCGACUACGACGGCGCAGCCGUGUGGCGAGCUGAUGGCAACAACUUCACCGGCGUCCAGCGUGCUCGGCUCCUGGACACCGGGAACCUCGUCAUCGAGGACUCAGGAGGUAACACUGUAUGGCAGAGUUUCGAUUCCCCAACGGACACUUUCCUGCCGACGCAGCUCAUCACUGCUGCGACCAGAUUAGUCCCCACAACCCAAUCGCGUAGUCCUGGUAACUACAUCUUCCGCUUCAGCGACCUCUCAGUGCUGUCGCUUAUAUACCACGUGCCUCAAGUCUCAGACAUAUACUGGCCAGACCCUGACCAGAACCUCUACCAGGAUGGCCGGAACCAGUAUAACAGUACGAGGUUAGGAAUGCUUACUGAUAGCGGGGUGCUUGCCUCGAGCGACUUCGCUGAUGGUCAGGCGCUUGUGGCCUCCGACGUAGGGCCGGGCGUCAAGAGAAGGCUAACUCUUGACCCUGAUGGCAAUCUCCGUCUGUACAGCAUGAACGAUUCAGAUGGGUCAUGGUCAGUUUCAAUGGUAGCAAUGACCCAGCCUUGCAAUAUUCACGGUUUGUGUGGUCCUAAUGGCAUCUGCCACUACUCACCCACACCUACAUGUUCGUGCCCACCAGGUUAUGCGACGAGGAACCCGGGUAACUGGACUGAAGGCUGUAUGGCUAUUGUCAACACAACCUGUGACCGCUAUGACAAGAGGUCUAUGAGAUUUGUGCGACUUCCCAAUACGGAUUUUUGGGGGUCGGAUCAGCAACAUCUUCUGUCGGUUUCUCUUCGAACUUGUAGGGAUAUCUGCAUCAGUGACUGCACCUGUAAAGGCUUUCAGUAUCAGGAAGGCACAGGAUCAUGCUAUCCAAAAGCUUAUCUUUUCAGUGGAAGAACCUACCCAACAUCUGACGUGCGAACGAUAUAUCUCAAGCUUCCAACAGGGGUCAGUGUUUCAAAUGCCCUUAUUCCACGUUCCGACGUGUUCGAUUCCGUGCCCCGUCGUCUCGACUGCGAUCGGAUGAACAAAAGCAUCAGAGAACCGUUUCCAGAUGUGCACAAGACCGGCGGAGGAGAAUCGAAAUGGUUUUACUUCUAUGGGUUCAUAGCUGCAUUUUUUGUCGUUGAAGUUUCCUUCAUUUCGUUUGCGUGGUUCUUUGUUUUGAAGAGAGAACUCAGGCCAUCUGAACUAUGGGCGUCUGAGAAAGGUUACAAAGCAAUGACUAGUAAUUUUAGAAGGUACAGCUACAGGGAACUUGUGAAGGCGACCAGAAAAUUCAAGGUUGAGCUAGGGAGGGGAGAAUCAGGCACUGUGUACAAAGGUGUCCUAGAAGAUGAUAGGCAUGUGGCUGUGAAGAAGCUGGAGAAUGUAAGGCAAGGCAAGGAAGUGUUUCAGGCUGAGCUAAGUGUAAUUGGGAGGAUCAACCACAUGAACCUUGUGAGGAUAUGGGGCUUCUGUUCAGAGGGAUCUCAUAGGUUGUUGGUCUCCGAAUAUGUUGAGAAUGGAUCACUGGCUAACAUUUUGUUCAGUGAAGGAGGCAACAUCUUAUUGGACUGGGAGGGAAGGUUCAACAUUGCGUUAGGUGUUGCAAAAGGGUUAGCCUAUCUCCACCAUGAGUGCUUAGAGUGGGUCAUCCACUGUGAUGUGAAACCUGAGAACAUACUGUUAGACCAAGCUUUUGAGCCCAAGAUCACUGACUUUGGGUUGGUGAAGUUGCUGAACAGAGGAGGGUCCACCCAGAACGUAUCCCAUGUCAGAGGAACGCUAGGUUACAUUGCACCUGAGUGGGUUUCCAGCCUCCCGAUCACAGCAAAAGUCGAUGUAUACAGUUAUGGGGUUGUGCUACUGGAGCUAUUGACAGGCACCAGAGUUUCAGAGUUGGUGGGAGGCACAGAUGAGGUGCAUAGUAUGCUUAGAAAGCUUGUCAGGAUGCUUUCUGCCAAACUUGAAGGGGAGGAACAAUCGUGGAUUGAUGGGUAUCUGGAUUCAAAACUGAAUCGUCCAGUCAACUAUGUGCAAGCAAGAACACUGAUCAAAUUGGCGGUCUCCUGCUUGGAGGAAGACAGAAGCAAAAGACCGACUAUGGAACAUGCAGUCCAGACCCUCCUGUCAGCUGAUGACUGAAUGGGCAAAUAAAACAUAUGCUACAACAACUUCAUUGAGUUGACAAUUCACAUCUUGAUGGAAAAAAAGAAGAAGAAGCAAAAGGCCAACACUCCAGGCCAUCCUGUCAGUUGGUUUUGGGUGUUUACCCCUGAUAUAAAUUACCUGUAAACAGUGCUCGUUCCAAUUUGUCACUAUAUGAUGUAAGUUGUAGCAUGUAAUGUAUUGAACUUGAACAGUUAGAUGUAACCAUAUUCAAGUUACCGGUAGUGAAACGCCAUCGACC